ACAUUCCGCCACAUAGCAUGGCCUCGGUCGCCGCUUGGCUGCCAUUUGCACGGGCGGCGGCCAUUGGUUGGGUGCCCAUCGCUACCAAUCCCCUGCCACCGGCUCCCAUACCCAAAGAUCGUCGCAAGACCGACGACGAAAAGCUGCUCAUCAACGUCUCCGGCCGGCGUUUCGAGACAUGGCGCAAUACGCUGGAAAAAUAUCCCGACACCCUGCUGGGCUCGAACGAGCGAGAGUUCUUCUAUGACGAGGAUUGCAAAGAGUAUUUCUUUGAUCGGGAUCCGGACAUCUUUCGUCACAUUCUCAAUUAUUAUCGCACUGGCAAACUGCAUUAUCCCAAACACGAGUGUCUCACCAGCUAUGACGAGGAGUUGGCAUUCUUUGGCAUAAUGCCGGACGUCAUAGGCGAUUGUUGUUACGAAGACUAUCGUGAUCGCAAACGGGAAAAUGCCGAACGUUUAAUGGAUGAUAAGCUAUCAGAGAAUGGUGACCAGAACCUGCCGCAGCUAACCGACAUCCGCCAGAAGAUGUGGCGCGCAUUCGAAAAUCCUCACACCUCCACGGCGGCUCUCGUCUUCUACUAUGUCACGGGAUUCUUCAUUGCCGUCUCGGUGAUGGCCAAUGUGGUGGAAACGGUGCCUUGUGGCCAUCGGCCCGGCCGAGCUGGUACACUGCCCUGUGGCGAACGCUACAAAAUCGUGUUCUUCUGUCUGGACACGGCGUGCGUCAUGAUCUUCACCGCCGAGUAUCUGCUGCGUCUGUUCGCGGCACCGGAUCGCUGCAAAUUCGUGCGCAGCGUGAUGAGCAUAAUCGAUGUGGUGGCCAUCAUGCCCUACUAUAUUGGUCUGGGCAUAACGGACAAUGAUGAUGUGAGCGGUGCAUUUGUCACGUUGCGGGUCUUCCGCGUCUUUCGUAUUUUUAAGUUUUCGCGGCAUUCGCAAGGCUUGCGUAUCUUGGGCUAUACGCUCAAGUCGUGUGCUUCCGAAUUGGGUUUUCUGGUGUUUUCGUUGGCAAUGGCGAUUAUCAUCUUUGCGACGGUUAUGUUCUAUGCGGAGAAGAAUGUGCAUGGUACAAAUUUCACAUCGAUACCGGCGGCAUUUUGGUAUACAAUUGUCACGAUGACAACAUUGGGUUAUGGUGACAUGGUCCCGGAGACAAUAGCGGGCAAAAUUGUUGGUGGUGUCUGCUCGCUUAGCGGUGUGCUUGUCAUCGCCCUACCUGUACCUGUUAUUGUAUCUAACUUUAGUAGAAUUUAUCAUCAAAAUCAACGAGCCGAUAAACGAAAGGCCCAGAGGAAAGCUCGAUUGGCCCGCAUACGCAUUGCCAAGGCUUCGUCGGGCGCCGCCUUUGUCAAUAAGAAGAAGGCUGCCGAGGCCCGCUGGGCUGCCCAGGAAUCGGGCAUUGAAUUGGAUGACAAUUAUCGUGAUGAGGAUAUUUUCGAACUGCAGCAUCAUCAUUUACUCAGAUGUCUGGAAAAAACAACGGACCGUGAAUUUGUGGAAAUGGAAAUACCAUUCAAUGGGGGCCAAGCGAAACGCCCCCGUUCACCAUCACCAAUGGCCAGUCCGGCCCAUUCGACCAACAGUGCCAUGGGUUUGGUGCAGUCAUGCUGUGGACGUUGUUGUUCGCAGCGUUAUCAGGCCUGCGGCAAAUAUAUGCCAGCCACCGGUAACGCUCAAAAUAAUCAAAACAAUCAACCCAUGGAUGGCACCUAUCUGGUUGAGGCCUCAUUUUAGAUGGGAAAUAUCCGCUCGAAUCGAUUGCAAAAUCCAAACAAACUACUUUAUC